GGUACAAACUUGGAAAACAAAAUUGUAAAAGUGUCUUGCCUAGAUCCCUGGGAGUAUUCCUCUUUCUUCUCCACAGAUGCUUUAAGCCUCAGGAGCAAUGGCAGGCGCUGGAGAGCGCAAAGGAAAGAAGGAUGACAAUGGCAUUGGCACAGCCAUUGAUUUUGUAUUGUCCAAUGCUCGACUUGUCCUGGGUGUGGGAGGUGCUGCCAUGCUGGGGAUUGCCACCUUGGCUGUCAAGCGGAUGUAUGACCGGGCAAUCAGUGCUCCUGCCAGUCCUACCCGCUUGAGCCAAUCAGGAAAGAGAAGCUGGGAGGAACCAAGCUGGCUUGGAUCAUCAUCACGGUUAUUGAACCAAGAUAUGAAGACUAAUCUUAGCCGCUCUCUGCAGACUCUUCCCACUGAUUAUUCAGAUUUUGAAAUGGAUUCAGUUAAAUCCAUGAAGCAUAAAUCAUCUGUUAAAACAAGCCAGGUGGAGCUGAAGAAGUCCCGCCUCCGAAUGUCCUUGCAAGAGAAGCUGUCUGCCUAUUACCGGAGGAAGGUGGCCAUCCCAGCAGAAGAGCAAGCCAGAGCCAAGCAGGCUGCUGUAGAUAUCUGUGCAGAACUGCGUGGUUUCCUCCAUGCCAAGCUGCCAGACAUGCCUCUACGUGAAAUGUACCUGAGUGGUAGCCUCUAUGAUGAUUUGCAGGUUGUGACUGCUGAUCAUAUCCAGCUAAUGGUUCCUCUGGUGCUGGAACAGAACCUGUGGUCAUGCAUUCCAGGUGAAGACACCAUUAUGAACAUCCCUGGCUUCUGCCUGGUACGUCGGGAAAACCCAGAAUACUUCCCUCGUGGUAGCAGUUACUGGGACCGCUGUGUGGUGGGGGGCUACCUCUCACCCAGGGCUGUAUCUGACACCUUUGAAAAAGUAGUGACAGGCUCCAUCAACUGGCCAGCUAUUGGGACUCUCCUAGACUAUGUGAUCCGUCCUGCAGCACCUUUGGAAUCUCUAACGUUGGAGGUUCAGUAUGAAAGAGAUCGGCGUCUUCUCAUAGACUUCUUACCAUCUGUGACACUAGGUGACACGGACUUGGUAGCCAAACCACACCGACUGGCCCAGUAUGAUAAUCUGUGGCGCCUCAGCCUUCGGCCAGCAGAGACCGCUCGCCUGCGGGCUUUAGACCAGGCUGAUUCUGGCUGCCGUUCCUUGUGCCUCAAGAUCCUCAAGGCCAUAUGCAAGCUCAACCCGGCAUUGGGUCACCUUUCUGCCAGCCAGCUCACCAACGUCAUACUACAUCUGACCCAGGAGGAGACUGACUGGUCACAAGACACGCUUGCUGACCAUUUUCUGCAGGCGUUGAAAAGACUUAUUGGCUAUUUGGAAAAAGGGGUUCUUCCCAGUGCUUUGAAUCCCAAGGUGAACUUAUUUUCAGAGCUUACUCCUGAAGAAGUGGAUGAGUUGGGCUAUACCCUGUACUGUUCCCUUUCGGAACCAGAGGUCUUGCUGCAGACAUAAUAGCUGCCUUAUGCAUGAGAGUAGUGUUAAGAGCUUCCUGCCCAUGACAGGUUCUCUCUGACAUCUGAGUGAGAUAUGCAUACCCUUCCCCAUUCUUUUGGCAAGCUUAUCCCGGUUUCUCUUUUCUUAUUUUAUUAUACUGGGGUGGGGGGAGGGAAGUCUCUUGUAUUUCUUGGUGCUAUUGGUCCAGAUCCACUACCCUCAUAGCAGUUGUCUGAUGGAGGGAAGACGUUAUGUAGAACUGCUGCUCGGUCUGUUAGAAAGUCCUUGCUGUUGUCCCAGCUGCCUACUCCAGCACUGUGCAACCUACCUCCUGCUCCCCACCCCCGAAAUAUACUAUACCUUGUUGAAUUGAAAACUCUCACUCCCACCCAGGAAAGUGUGGAAUUGGGCCAGUAAACUACUGCCAAUUUUAGGUGAUUUCCCCCCCCCCAGGACUCAUCCCCUAUUGUUGGCUUGUGUGUUGGAUUUCCCACCCAUCCAGAAGUUCAUGAAUGAAAUGUUUCAAUAGAAAUAUUUACAGCAGGGCAUGUAUUUGUGUGAGCUCUGUGCAUUGAUUGUAUUUAUAUUUGGGGGAAGUGGGGAGGUUUAUAGAGUUUCCACAUUUGCAUAGGUUCUCACCAGUUCUGAGCUGAACUGUAUCACCAUCUUUGGGAUACUUAGUGUAUGUUAUUUAGGGAUAAACUCUGCCAAUUUGGUGCCCUUCACUACAUGCAAAUGUGUUUUAUAUUGCACCAAUUUUUGAAAAACUGGUGCUAGAUCCUCAAUCUGUCUAGAAGAAUGUAGGGAGAGUAAUUUCCCAUUUGUUGCUAUCAAGAUCACUUAUCCAUUGCAAGUGGCAGGUGCCUGAGAAUAUACAAACUGUAUAUCACUAACCCUUAAUGUGGCAUGGGGCAAGGAAGUCUGAAAGUAAGGCAUAAUUUUUUCAAGUAUUUCCAUUGUGAACACUCAAACUCUAGAUGGAAGCAGGAGCUGAAGAAUUUUAUGAAGGGUACUUGAGGUUCAGACCUUAAUCUUCCGUAUGUUAGAAGUGAUGGUUGCUGUCAUGUACUGAAGGUUCUGUCCAUAAAAUGACUAGUGAUAGGCAGGAACAAGAGAUAAAGUUUCUGCAGGAAGCAAAAAUAAAUCUUGAAUGGAAUGUAAAAUUCCACUUUUUAUACAUUUUUCAAGAGGGUAGCAUAUUUCACACUUAAUCAUUUUGACCUUACAGAUUUUAAGGAGCCCUCGGCUUUAAGUUAUGUAACCCUACUCUGCAUCUCUGCCUGCUCCUUGAGAUAAUGGCACAGCUCUUACGGAGUGGCCACUCAUUCUAGCUAUGCCUGCUGCUGUGCAGGCAUGAAACUGGCAUUGACUGUGAAUGUAUUAUCUCUCAGGAAUAUUUGGUUCUAUUACUGCUGACAUCACUCAGAAAGAAAGAAAGCAAAAAUUAAGAUGGUGUGCUCCAUGUGGUGAGACUGUGUGUUUAAUCUGCGUGACAAGUAUUGCUAUGAUUGUAUGUAUGUAAUUUUGCAGAUAUGGCUCCCCUGUUUUCAAAAACCCAUCCUUGCUGUUAAAAGGCAGCAUAAAUAAUGAGAUAAUUUGCAGGUGUGAGAAACAGGUGUCCUAUCCUGUUUUUUUUUUUAAAGGCAGUGCUUAUGUUAAUAAGAUAAACCUUUGUCAUAAUUCCAGAGUGGCGGCUUUAAUCUAUACUUAACCAGGGUAUACCCUCCCACCCUGCUUCACAGUCUGUCUUCUAAAAUCAGUUUGUCUGCUAGAUGGUAUUUGUUGCACAGCAAUGAAAUAGUGUUGCAGUUAUUUAAACCUCACCAGACUUCCAGCCAAAGACUUGAAAGGUUGUGUGUGGGUGUCUGGUAAUAUGUAGCCUGGAAAAGCACCAAGUUUUUAACUCUUCUCUCUCCCUUCUCAGCCCUCCUUCCAGUACGAGUCUUCCUGCCGUGAAUAUAUGCAGAUUUGUAGUGGACUGAGACUACCAUUUGAACAAGAAUAGAUUCUUUAAGAGUUGUAUGACCUCAUCCAUGUUGAUCAGUUACUUCUUUCCCACCAUUUUGUUGCUUGUUUCAAAGAUGCAGUAUGGUAGGAUGGAGAUCCUGAAAUGGGAGCAGGAGAGGUCUACUUUAUCCAGCUCUUCCAUUUCUCAAAUACAUAUCAUUCAUGCUCAUUUAAAAAAGAGAUGCUUCAUUACUUAUUAAAAACAUAAUUAAUGGAAGUCUUGACCACGACAUGUUGCCAUGAAGGAGAAUGUGUUAUUGAAUGUAGGCUUAGAUCAUCUCUGUUCCCAGCAAGAUGCUCUUCUUUUAUCCACUCUAAGCUGUUCCUUUCUCAAAGUGAAUUCUUUCUUUGAGGCACCUAAAAAAGAGGGAUUUGAGCCUAUUUUGUAGUAAGGUGGGUUCUCCAUAAUUCCACAAGUAGGAAAUAAGAGAGCUUGCCACUGAUAAUCAACACAAAGCUCAAAAGUUGUAAUGGGUGAGAGAAGCAUGUCUGGGCUAUUUCUUAUUUCUGUGGAGGGUGAUGCAUCAUGUUCAGUGUUUGGGCACCAGGUAUAUGGGACAGCUAUAAAAACAUUGCACUAAUUCUAGUGUGUGACUAGAUAAUUCAUUCUGAAUAUUUUUUUGCUGACACCUAUCAGUAUUCACUAAAAAAUGCAUGCAUAUUGGUAGCUAUAACUAGGAGAGUUUUGGUCUUAAGCAUUUAUAAACUCCUUAUGUGAAAUGUCAGAACAAAGUAUAGAUACCAUUAAUAUAUGGCUGCUUUCCCAUAUGCGGAAUGGGGAGCCCUUGAUAUGAAAUGACUGUCAUAGGCCCAGAAGCCAAAAUGUACUGUUGUAUCCUUGGGAAAGCUUUGCCAUAUUACCUUGAUGUUUGGGUCACACAAACUAAUGCGGCUUUUGCCUAAACUGCAGGGUAGGGACCAUCUUGCUCAACUGAAGGUUUUUUUUGCUGUCAAAUUCCACUAUUGUUCUUCCAAAUCAGUUAAAAUUCUUAACAUGAAAAUUUAAUUGUGUAAAUUAUAGGCUUCUUCCAGUGUGUAUGUGUCGAUGAUAUGGGGGGGGGAGGAAUGAGAUAUUUCAGCUGCUCAAGAUGUAAUGGUGUAUAAGGGGUUGAAGGAACAAGGUCUAGUGCAUGGUCUGUGACUGUGUGAAAAUUACAAAAUAAAACAACUU